AUGAUAAUGAAUACUAUCAAAAUAUUAUGUCUUGGAAGAAAGAUUUUACAAGAUGGUUCUUUGAUUUUUGGUAUUUUAAUGAUUUCCCUUGGUUUAUCAAUGAUUGGUGUUACGGCACAAGACAAAAGUUGCCAGGUUGUAAUGUGUGUAAAGACUGGUGGUUCUGUCGCAGUUGGAGUCGGUGAUGGCUCCAGUGCUGGACUAACAGAAGCUCAGGGAUAUGUGUCUCAAAGUUGCCCCGGAGUAACUAAUAUUACCACCUGCUACGUAGAUUGUAGUGGGCCAUAUGUUAGUCAAUAUUGGACUUGGAAGAAAUGCAGUGAACUUGGUGAUUUCCAUAGCACUUGGAUUACGUGUGGUGAUACUAGCGUGUUGUCUGUAUGUACACAAGGAGGUGAUCCAAAUUAUCCAUUUAAUACAGCUACUCCCACUAAUA